AUGGCAUCAUCCGAAUCCCAACACACCGUAACCUUCAAGCAGGCAAAGACAGUUCCACCACUAUUUCUAGCCGGCUCCUUUCCUGAAUCCAAUUGGAAGCCCCAGGAGAUGAAAGCCAGCCGAGAUGAAGAUGGAGAAUACACGUUCUCCAGGACAGUCAACGUGAUUCCAGGCCACGAGUACCAGUACAACAUCAAGUACAAGGAGCAAGGGCCGUGGAUUUAUGAUAAGAAUCAAGCUCUCGUCGUUCCCAAGUCUUCCCAGUCGAGACCAGAAAAGGAUUAUUCUCCAGGGCUGCCUCUGAGGCAAGCUGGGGCAAUUGCGGAUGAUCGGUCCUCUACACCUAUCAGGAUAGUUGCCGAAACCGCUGCGGAGGUUGCAGACACGGCAGAACGACUAGACAGGGAUUCUGAACAAACGACAUCUGACUACACAUGGACCAAAGAAGAGCCACUAAGAAUGCCUCUUUUCGCCCACGAAAGCUUUGGGGCUUAUGAGUUCCUCGCGGAUGAUGCACUUGAUCAUGAUCAAGCCGAUGAUGCGCCAAGCCCACAUCGGCCACGGAAGGAGUCGAAGGACUACUCAUUUGAUGAAGUAGAUAUUAAUGACCCAACAAUCGAAUCAUUCCCCUCGGAUCGAUCUUCUGUCAUGAACGCCCUUCGCAAAAUCCGAUCCAGCGUUGACAGCCAGCCGAUUUCCAUCGAAACUUCAUCCCCAAUCGCGAUAGAACACGGCGACGAUUUUGCGAUAAGCGGCUCCUUGUCCCCCAAGAGCCCAGCGUCGUCUGCUCUACGAGAAAGUAGACUCUCGCACAGCAGUUAUGGGAACAAACGAUCUACUGCGUCUUUGACUUCGAUCGCAGAAGAGGGUUCCAAGCCGAUACAGACUUCGAAUUUAGGCUCGAAGUCAGGAAAACCCAGAACCGCAAGGCGAAGUUUUGGCGAGGUGUUCGAACUCUCACAGACACCCCCAAGCGACGACGAUAAAGGGAUGAUUAUGAAACAGAAGAAAAAGCGGCCGCUACCGCCGCGAAUUUCUCAACCUUGGAUUAGUGAACGGUUCGUGUCUUUGAGGCAGCCGUCGAAGCCUCGUCCGUCGCGCAUGGUUCUUUCGAAUCAAGUCUAUCGACCGCCUACCGGAGGCAAGAGCUCCAGGCCGAGGCGACAAGUCGAAGGUCCCUUUGGAGCAAUGAACAGAACCGUCGCCAACAUCGACCCGACCCGCCGAGGCCCACGAUCUCGAACGGCCGGCUCAACAGACGGGGGGAAGAAGAACGACGGACCGAGAGAUGAGCGCAAGGCACUCAAGAUGCAGCGCGCCCUCGCAUCGGUGUCCUACACCAAGAGAAUGUCUCUCAAGGACCGCAUGGGAGACUACGAUUCGUUCGAUCAUUUCGACCUUCUCCCCAAUAUCAAGGAAUCUCUCUACAAUGAGCUAUUCAAAGGUCUUUUCGACAUCAAGCCGACACCUGUGCAGAGACUGGCUCUACCGGCCAUAAUGGGCCAAUCAGCACCGGGCCAGCCACAAAAGAAGAGUGCGGAGAUGGAAUCGUUUCUACUUGCCGCCGAGACUGGUUCAGGGAAGACCUUAGCCUACCUGCUGCCUGCGAUUGACGCUCUGAAACGAGCUGAAGCAGAGGAUCCGGAUAUCAAGGCAUACAAUGAGCGAUACGCGGCUGAAAAGGAAUACCAAAGGACUGCGAAUUUCAAGGGAAAGCCCUUUGAUGAGCCCCACCCUACCAUGGCUCGACCCAAAGUUGUCAUCUUAGUACCAACCGCAGAGCUCGCGCAGCAAGUAAUGAAUGUAUCCAAGAAGAUCUCGCACGUUGUCAAGUUCAAGACGGAGAUGCUUUCCUCGGAUCUCAGGCCGCAGCAGAUCCAGCGCAAUCUGUACGGCCCCAAGGGAUUGGACGUUAUCGUUUCGACACCCCACCUCCUUGCUUCCAUCGCCGACUCUGAUCCCAACAUUCUGUCACGGGUAACUCACCUUAUUGUGGACGAGGCCGACUCUCUCCUGGACCGCAGCUUUUCUCCUGUCACUACCAGUAUUAUUGAGCGUGCCAUGCCCUCGCUGCAGAAGUUUGUUUGCUGUUCUGCUACCAUCCCACGAAAAUUGAACAAUUACCUGGCAACGACCUAUCCCAAGAUGCACCGGAUCACAACCCCGAAUCUGCAUGCCAUUCCCAGACGUGUGCAGCUCGGUGUGAUCGAUGUCUCGAGAGACCCAUACCGGAACAACAAGGACCUGGCCUGCGCCGAUGCUCUCUACACUCUCGGAAAGGACGCUCAGAACCACGAGGGCCCUGUCAAGGAUGAGAUUGAUGUUCGUCGUGUUCUCGUCUUUGUCAACGAACGUGAGAAGACGGAGCAGCUGGGAGAAUAUCUCCGUGGCCAGGGUAUCCAAGCCACCGCUCUGCACCGUGACACACCGGAGAAGCGCCCUGGAGAAAUACUCGAGGUCUUCACCAUGGCUGAGCCUCUUACAAUCAAGGCCCCGGAGAAGGUUGGCCGCUCCAGGCAGCUCAACAACGUCAAGGUCUUGGUUGUGACGGAUCUCGCUUCGAGAGGUAUUGACACCCUGGCCGUCCGACACGUCAUUCUGUAUGACGUCCCCCAUACGACCAUUGAUUUCAUUCACCGUCUCGGUCGUGCUGGGCGUAUGGGCCGACGUGGCCGAGGCAUAGUCCUUGCCGGCAAUGAUGACAGGAAGGACGUUGUUGCUGAGGUGAAGAGGAGCAUGUUCAUGGGUCAGGCGCUCAUCUAA